GGGAAGACGAGAAAGAGCGGCUUGGACCUUAAAAAAAACCAAAUUCUCACUAAAUGAUUCCGUAAAAUAAAAUUCUCCGAUGGAUUUCGAUUCAGACUCCGAUGGUUCUCAUGUCUCCGCCACUCCUCCCCGAGACUCAUUUCCGUCAUCGCCGCCGCAACUUCAGUCACCGGCUAAGCAUGUGCCGCCGGUCUCCCGGAAAAUGACGUCUUCUUCCUCUCGCUCGAAGCCCAAAGCACCUACACAUCCGCCGCCAAAUCCCUCACAGGAAGCUCCAGUACCGUCUCCCUAUCCUCCUCCUCCUCCUCCAUCUCCACUAUUUACCAAUCUCCCUUUCCGGAUCUGCCAAUCCCAACCCGCUAGGUUUUCUUCUUCCGUGUCGUCCUUCUCCAGACUCUGCAGCAGAGCUUCUUUUACAUCUGUUGAGAAAUUGAAAUCGGACGGCGUCGAUUUUGUGCCUGAGCCACCUCUGGUAGAAGUAAUCGCUCCUCCAAAAUCAGUUAGGAGAAAGCCUCCGAAUCUCAUCACCGAUACUAUAACUUCUCCUCCGGUGAAACCUAUGGUGUUUCGUAGCAACGGUAACGGCGAGGGUAAUUUCGUGAAAUUGAACUUAAAUGGCAAGAGAGGGAAGAAGUUUCCCAGCAAAUACAAGGGCGUCUCUAAAUCUAGAAGCAGUUACUCAUUCAGAGGGAAGAGAUACAAGAAGAAAGAAGCUGAUGGUGAUGGCGAAUCAUUGUUGGAGGAAGAGUCUGAUUUACAGAAACAGAUAGAAGACGAAGCUAAUGGUUUUAUUAGCUCUGUAGAGGAUGCGAUUCUUGCUGUGAAGACUGAGGCUUCUGAUGAGAAUCUAACGAAGCUGUUGAAUUUAGUUUAUGGUUAUGAUUCUUUUCGAGACGGACAGUUGCAGGCGAUUAAGAUGAUUCUUGGUGGGAGUUCAACGAUGCUGGUAUUGCCUACUGGUGCUGGUAAGUCUCUCUGCUACCAGAUUCCGGCAAUGAUUCUUCCUGGAAUCACGCUUGUAGUGAGUCCUUUGGUUUCGUUGAUGAUUGAUCAGUUGAAGCAUUUGCCUUCUAUCAUUAAGGGUGGUCUCUUGAGCAGUAGCCAGAGACCUGAGGAAGCAACGGAGACAUUGCGGAAACUUAAAGAAGGCAUAAUAAAGGUUCUCUUUGUAUCUCCUGAGAGACUUCUGAAUGUAGAAUUUUUGUCAAUGUUUCGCAUGUCUUUAUCUGUGUCACUUGUCGUGGUUGAUGAGGCACACUGCGUAUCAGAAUGGUCUCAUAACUUCCGUCCUUCAUAUAUGAGACUCAAGGCAUCAAUGCUGUUUUCUGAACUCAAGGCAGAAUGCAUUCUCGCGAUGACCGCAACUGCCACUACAAUGACUCUUCAGGCUGUCAUGUCUUCACUAGAGAUACCGUCAACCAAUCUUAUUCAGAAGUCACAACUCAGAGACAAUUUUGAGUUGUCUGUCUCAUUGAGUGGAGCUAAUAGAAUGAAAGAUCUAUUGAUUUUGAUGGAGUCUCCUCCAUAUAAGGAGAUUCGAAGCAUCAUUGUGUACUGCAAAUUUCAGUAUGAGACUGACAUGAUAAGCAAGUAUUUACGCGAUAACAACAUCAAUGCAAAGGGUUAUCACAGUGGUCUUCCUGCGAAGGACCGUGUUCGCAUACAGGAGUCAUUUUGUUCCAACAAGAUUAGAGUGGUUGUUGCAACUGUAGCAUUCGGCAUGGGACUUGACAAGGGAGAUGUAGGAGCUGUAAUACACUUCAGCGUGCCAGGCAGUAUGGAAGAAUACGUUCAGGAAAUUGGACGUGCUGGUCGCGACGGGCGGUUGUCAUAUUGUCAUCUCUUUUAUGAUAAUGACACAUAUCUAAAGCUUCGGAGUCUUGCACACAGUGAUGGUGUCGAUGAAUAUGCAGUUGGAAAAUUUCUCACCCAUGUAUUUUCCACUGAGACAAAGCAACACGAGAAGAUAUGCUCGCUAGUCAUUGAAUCUGCCUCUCAAAAAUUUGACAUGAAGGAAGAGGUUAUGCAAACGAUUUUGACACAUUUGGAGCUGGGGGAAGUGCAAUACCUACGUAUGCUUCCACAACUCAACAUAUGUUGCACUUUGAAUUUCCACAAGUCUUCUCCAAACACUCUUGCUGCACGAAGUGCCAUAGUUGCAGCAAUUUUGAAGAAGUCUCACGUGAAGCAAGGGUUACAUGUCUUUGAUAUACCAGCUGUGGCCUCUAGCAUAUGUGUUGCAACAACAGAUGUCUUGGCUGAGAUUCAAGCUCUGAAGAUGAAGGGGGAAGUAACAUACGAAUUGAAGGACUCCGCCUUUUGUUACACAAUCUUAAAAUCUCCAAAGGAAAUAUGUUCAUUGUCCAGUCAUCUAACCAAGUGGCUCACAGAGAUUGAAAGUUGCAAAGUGAGAAAACUGGAUAUUAUGUCUAGUGCAGCUGUGGCUGCGAUUAGUGUCUCUAACACUUCAGAACUGAGUUCUGGUGCCAAGCAAACUCGGAGCCUGCAAAGCAGAAUCUUUGAUUACUUCAAUGGUGAUGAAAAGUGUGACAGUCCGAGCAAGGCUACUCAAAAUUGCGCCUUUCUACGAGCAGACAUAAAGGUGAAGAUCCAAGAAGCCACACUGUUGUUCAUACUUUAUUGUUUUGCCAUGUAUCCAAAGAAUGUCCAGUUAACUAUUGUGUGUCAAAACAGGUGUUUUUGCAGAGUAAUCGCCAAGCCAAAUUCACACCAAGAGCCAUCGCGAGAAUAAUGCACGGAGUUGGAAGUCCAGCUUUUCCGAAUUCAGUCUGGUCCAAGACUCAUUUCUGGGGAAGGUAUAUGAACGUAGACUUCCGAGUGAUAAUGGAAGCGGCACAAACAGAGUUGUUCAAUUUUGUUGACAGGAACGCAGCUUUAGCUACAUAACAUAAGAUUAGAGGCUUUGAGUAGAUUCUUAGGAUAUUUAAAUUUAUUUGUAUUGUAUUCUAGAUUCAUUGAAAGUAUCCAGUAAAGAGAAAUUGUGUCAUAUGAGAGUUGAGAGAAUUGUUUUGAUCGACAAGAAAAGAUGAAAGUUAAUCUUUAGUAUUUAAAGAAACAUCUGAUAAAACUAGAAAUUAUACAUAAUAGCAGAGCAAGUCAUGUUAAACAAACAUUCAGGCAUCACAAAACGUAGUUCCUUCCUUGGACCGGCAUCCCAAAGUAACCACCACCAAAAUACGGGUUCGGGUGAUGAGCAGCAAACAUCACCGAUCUCGGUCUCGGUAUAGGUAUCGGUAUUGGGAUGUAACAUCUAGUCAUCAUAAGCUGCUGCUGCUCUAGUUGAUAUUGCUGAUGAUCAACUCGUCUUACACACUGCUUUCUACUAUUGAGCAAAUCGAAAGUCAACUUAGU